GCCACCUGUCAGUGUCCAUCAAUGCCAGCUGUCAGUGCUCAUCAAUGCCACUUGCCAGUGCCCAUCAGUGCCACAUCAAUGCCACACAUCAGUGCCUACCAGUGCACAUCAAUGCCACAUAUCAGUGCCCAUCUGAUCUGCCUUUCAGUGUCACCUAUCAGUGCCAGUCAGUGCCACCUAUUAAUGCCAGUCAGUGCCACUGAUCAGUGCUGCCAAUCAGUGCCACCUAUCAGUGCCCAUCAGUGCAGCCUAUCAGUGCCCAUCACUGCAGCCUCAUUAGCGCACAUCAGUGAAGGAGAAAAUCACUUAUUGAUAACAUUUUAU